AUGGAUGAGUUUAGUAUCAAUGAUAACAGUUUUAAUAGUUUUAAUGAUUAUAUCAAUGAAGAAGCCUUUCAAGAUGUUCAAGAAAAUGUUUUUUCUUAUGCUGAAACUUAUGGGGAAACUUAUGGAGAAGAAGCCUUUCAUGUUGUUCAAGGCGAUAUUAAUUUUCAAGUUGAAGGUUAUGAUGAAGCUCAUAAUAAUUUUCAAGAAGGUAUUUUGUCUAAUAUUGGAAGUCAUGAUGAGGAUGAUUAUGAAAGUAUUCAGGAAGAUAGUAUUCAGAAAGAUAGUUUGUCUCGUACUAAAAGUUAUGAAGAGGUUCAGGA